AUGGCGGCUAACUGGGGCGCUUCUUUCUUCAAUGCUACAGGCAACCGAUCGUCGGUCGAUGAGGUCCGGAAUGAGUCUGGGGCCAGUGGUGAAGAUGAGGUCGUGGAACCCGACCAGGGCAAUGUACUCUCUCAUAUCAUUUCUCAACUGCGACCGGGCGCAGACCUAAGCCGAGUGGUCCUCCCCACCUUCAUCCUCGAACCGAGAUCCAUGCUCGAACGCAUCACCAACUUCAUGGCCCACCCAGAGACUCUUCUCGCGAUGUCCACGAUCGACGACCCCCUAGAACGAUUCGUCUCAGUUGUCAAGUUCUAUCUGAGCGGCUGGCACAUCAAACCUCCGGGCGUGAAGAAGCCGUUGAAUCCGAUUCUCGGAGAAACUUUUACCUCCUACUGGGAUUAUCCAGAUGGCACGCGCGGAUACUACAUCUCCGAACAGACCUCCCACCAUCCCCCGAAGUCGAGUUAUUUCUUCAUGGCACCCGAGCACAACAUCCGGAUAGACGGGACCCUGAAGCCCCGGAGCAGAUUCCUGGGCAAUUCUGCCGCAAGUAUCAUGGAGGGAAUCGCCAUCUUGCGCCUCUUGAAUCGAGGUCACGACAAAGAAAAGGGCGAGAGAUACAUCGUGACUCAACCCAAUAUGUAUGCGCGGGGCAUUCUCUUCGGCAAGAUGAAAUAUGAGCUCGGUGACCACAGCUACGUCAAGUGCCCGGAGAACAAUCUCGUGGCAGAUAUCGAAUUCAAGACGAAAGGAUACUUUUCUGGCACUUACAAUGCCAUUGGAGGAACGAUUAAGAACGAAAAGACUGGCGAAGUCUACUACGAACUCUCCGGCUUGUGGAACGAGGAAAUGUAUAUCAAAGAUGUCCACACCCACAAAAAAGAGCUUUUGUUCGAUGCAUCUCACGCCAAGCACAGUCCUCCCUUGACGAGACCUAUUGAGGAGCAGAGCGAUCGGGAAUCCCAGAAACUGUGGCUCAAGACUGUCAAAGCGAUCAUCGCGAGAAACCACGAGCUUGCCACGGAUGAGAAGACCAAGAUCGAGGAUCGUCAACGAGAGGAAGCGGCAAAGCGUGCAGACCAGGGGGCCGAGUGGCAUCCCCGACUGUUCCGUCCGGUCCACGGCGGCCCUGGCGGCCCGGAUGAGGGCGAAGAAGAUCUCGACUGGAUCAUCAAUGCGCAAAUCGAUUCACACAACCCAGAGCUUGCUAUCAAGCAAAUUCUGGCUACCGCUCCCAUCCUGAAGGGUCAAAGAGAGACAUCCCAAUUCGAGAUUCCACCGCGCACUUCCCAUGCUGUCCCCAAGGGCUCCGAAAAUGAACAGCCCGGCCAUCCCGUUCUACGACAAGACUCGACCACUUCCCGAGUUGAUAAAUUCGUGGACGCGGUGGAGAACUGA